AUGAAAUUCUGGAGUCUUUUAAUCACAGUCUUGCCCAUCGCAUUGGCAAGACCAGAGAAUCAUUCAAGAGAUUCCUCAUAUUUCUUCAAGGGACAUGAUUUAUCCUCUCUCCUCAUGCUGGAACAAGGCGGUUCCAUUUUCAAAGAUACUCUUAAACACAAUGCCACCCGUCCCGCCGAAGCCAUCCUCGGCGACGGCGGUAUGAACAGCGUGCGACUUCGUCAAUGGGUUGACCCCGUCGAUGGCACCUACGGUCUAGCAUACAAUCUCAAUCUAGCCAAACGCAUGCAAAAGCAAGGAUACAAGAUCUAUCUCGAUUUCCACUUUUCCGAUUCCUGGGCCGAUCCAAAUAAACAACCUCCUCCUGCCGCAUGGCCCACAGAGCUAAAACCUCUCUCAAAAGCCCUCAGAAAAUACGUAAAAGAUACAUUAAUAUCUUUCCAAAACGCCGGCAUCAAACUCGACAUCGUCGCCCUAGGAAACGAAAUCCGUCACGGCAUGCUCUGGCCCACCGGCUACGUAGAUGUAGAUAUCCAACCCACCAGCGCGCUCCACCAAAACUUCACUUCCUUCGCCACGCUCUGGAAAUCCGCACGCGCAGGCGUCGACGAUGCCCUCGCAGCCGGCGUGCCCAAACCCCAAAUCAUGAUCCACAUCGACGAUGGCUGGAACGUGACGCUCCAACAACGCUGGUUUGAUGCCUUGACCGCGAAUGGCGUGGCGCUCUCCGCGUGGGACGUAUUUGGAUUCUCCUUCUAUCCUUUCUACGGAACUGCGGCCACGUUGGCAAAUCUGCGCACGACGUUGCAUUGGGUGGCGGAAACCUAUCGCAAGCCGGUUCACGUGGCCGAGACGGAUUAUCCGGCGAUUUGCGAUGGGCAAUAUAAUCCGAUUCCGGAGAGUAGCGAGCCUGCGAUUCCGUAUACGGUGGCGGGUCAGCUGGAGUGGACGGAGGAUGUUAUUAGUGUGGUGAGGAAUGUCCCGCAUGGACUGGGGAGAGGUGUGCAUUAUUGGGAACCGGCGUGGUUGAAUAAUACGAGUUUGGGAAGUGAUUGUAAUGAUGCGAUUUUGUUCGCGCCGGAUUAUAGCGCGUGGCCUACCACCGUGGGGUAUAGUAGAAAGUCGGUGGCAUUGUUUAAGUAAUAGGGGUAUGACUGUUGGUGAUGGUUGGUGAGGUUUAUUUGGUGGCUUCAUUUGGGUAACAAUAGAAUUUAAGAAACCACAACUUAGAAGUAUUCACGAUUUCGAUGAUUCAUAAAUUU